AUGAGCACUGUAAAAUCUUUAAGAACGGGUGUCUUAGUUGUUGGCGCUGGUCCGGUAGGUGUAACUUUACAGCUACUUCUGGCUAGGAUGAGGAUUCCGUGUAUGCUGGUAGAGAAGAAUAUAGCACCUAGAAGUCAUCCUCGCGCUCACUAUCUGAGUAAUAGGUCAAUGGAAGUUUGGCGCCAACUCGGUCAUUUAGAUAAAGCCCUGGAAUGUAUUGUGGAACCUUUGGAGUACUGGAGAUAUUUCAAAUAUUGUAGACAUAUAAUAGACCCAGAAAGGAACCUUUAUGGAGUUCAAGAUCAUUUUGCAGGUCAUCAUAGAUAUAAUGACACAUAUUUUGAUGAACUGAGCCCGAGUAGAAUAUCCAAUCUACCUCAACAUAAACUCCUAUUCAUUCUAAAGUCAGUAGCUUUGGAAAGAUCGCAAGUAUUUAACGACAGAGAAGCUUGUUUAUCAUGGCUAAAAAAGGAAUACAAGUCUGUGAUGCUUGAAAGUACAAUUGAUCAGGAUAAAGUUCACAGGUUGUCGAAUUUAGACCGUCCUUUCCACUUACCAACUCUUGGUGAUACGUUUGAACGUGAUAUUAUAAAUGUUCCCCUCGUUGAUGGUGGAUUGAAAUUUGAAAGGUUUAUAAGUGAAGACAUGCAAAAGAGAGUUUUAUCCGAGGUAACGAACAUGAGAGACGGUACAACAUUACACAUUGAAAGUGCUUUUGUUGUUGGAACAGAUGGGAUACAUAGUAGAGUCCGCAAGGAGUUGUUUGAAUUUACAGACACACAAGAUGAUAAUGUUAAGGAUACCCUCAAUUUAAGAGAGGUGAUGAGUGUUCACUUCCAGUCUAAGCAGCUGGGUGAUUAUGUAUCUUCCAACCCUGCUAUGAUGUAUUUUAUAUUUUCGAGGUGUAUAUGUGUUUUGGUAUGUCAAGGAGGUGAGCCUCCAGAGUUUGUUGUUCAAAUACCCUUCUUUCCUGCUAUUGAAUCCGAAAAGUCUUUUGAUGAAGCAUCAUGUAGAGCCCUUAUUAAUGAGGCCGUUGGUACCGAGUUAACUGAUUUGAAGAUAUUUAAAAUUAAAAAGUGGACGGUCUCCACAGAUGUUGCCAAAUCUUACAUUGACAAAGAGUCUUGUAGGGUUAUUCUUGCAGGCGAUUCUGCACACAUUGUAGCGCCUGCAGGUGGUCUUGGCAUGAAUAUGGGAAUCGCAGAUACAUAUAGUCUUGCAUGGCGCUUGGGAAGAAUAUUUUACAAUCGAUUAUUGCACCAAGGAGCAAAUACAGAAAGUACAACUCUGUCCAACUUGAUUGGAUCAGGGCUUAGUAACGAAGAAAAAAAACUGAUUCGGGAUUAUUCAACAGAGCGGCGUGCGGUUGCAGAGUACACAAGAGAUGUCUGCUUGAAAGAGGUUGAGAAUGGAUCUAAAUUUGCAAAGUACCUGGGAUAUAAUCAUUCUCUCAUGCAGAACGGUUUAGACUUUUUAUCGCGUUUUAUACCAUCAACCCUUGGAAAGUUACCCCCGUUAUUUGAUGCUGUUAAAAUAAUUAUGAAACAUGUUUAUAACACCCCUAGAAGCAUGGAGACAAUAAGAAAAACUUCAGAGCACCUAUUUUCCAAGUGUGAUGGAUCACUGGGACUAUCCUUUCCCGGAUCGGACCUGGCUUAUGCAUAUACAUAUACUAAAGAUGGAGAACACGUUCUAAAGGUCUCUGAUACACAUCGUAGCUAUAUUCCACAAUCUGUAAUCGGGAGGCGUGUACCUCAUACAUUUGUUUAUUCUAAACUUGGCUCUGAUAAUGAAGGAGGUGAUUCAACGGUAUAUAAAAUUUCGACCGUUGACUUGCCUUCAUUUAUACAGCCUCCUAUAUAUUACUGCUUCCUUGUCUUUUCCAGAGACAUCGCAUCUAAACUUUUGGAUUCUCUUAAAGGGGAUAAAGGACUAUUUUAUAUUUGUUUAUGGGACUCUAGACAGACUCUAGGGUUGGAAUCCCCGGUUACCAUAAAGGACCAGUUUUUAUCAAUGAGUAACUCUGAAAUAAAUGCAAUAGGGUGCGAUAAAUUGUAUCAAAACCUUAAGCAAUAUGCAACUCCAAGAUUGGAUCAUAACUUUAUAUUUUUGAAACUAGAUGGUUCCACAGAUUUCCAACACUUCUAUGGAGCCCUUGAAACACACGGAUUUACUCCCAUAAAGACAGUGAUAAGCAGCAGGCUAUCUUUGGAGAGAUUCUCUAAAAGCCUUUUUGGGAAAAAUGUAGACAUGAAUAACACUGUAAUACUUAUCAGACCAGACGGACAUAUCGCAGAUUACAGGACCGGAGAAGAUGUAGACUACACAGAAAUGCAUAACUCACUAAACACGUGA